AUGUCUAAUGAUAUCCCUAUUGAUUUCACUGAGUUAACUCAGUUGACAGAAUUGGGUAUUCAACAAAGUUCACUUGAUUUUAGAUCUACGACACUUGAAUCGGAUCACUACGUCUGUGUUAGAGAACAAGGACCGCUGGGGAAUACGGUUGCUAUCAUCGACUUGAAAAACAACAAUGCUGUUACCAGAAAGAAUAUGAGUGCCGAUAGUGCAAUUUUGCAUCCAGGUCAGCUUGUUAUAUCCUUGCGGGCCAAUGGUACCACAUUGCAAAUCUUCAAUUUGGGUACCAAACAAAGAUUGAAGUCAUUCACAAUGGACCAAGCUGUUGUCUACUGGAAAUGGUUAGACAACGAAAACUUGGGUCUUGUUACGGCUAAUAGUAUCUAUACUUGGUCUAUAUUUGACGGCAGCAAUGACGGUCCAGUUAAAUUGACCGACAGACAUCAUACAUUAAAUAAUUGUCAAAUCAUAAACUUUGUUGCUGAACCUCAAUUGAACUGGUUUGCGGUGACUGGUAUAGCUCAGGAAGAUGGCCGUAUUGCUGGUCAUAUCCAAUUGUUUUCAAAGUCACGUAAUGUGUCUCAAGCAAUUGAAGGUCAUGUUUGUAAAUUCGGACAAGUCAAGUUAAAUGGUGCUUUGCAUCCUACUAAAGUCUUCUGUGUGGGUAACAAAAAUGCUCAAGGUCAAGGUAAUUUACAUAUUAUUGAAAUUGACCACGUAGAAGGUAAUCCAGAAUUCUCCAAGAAAUCUGUUGAUAUUUUCUUCCCACCUGAUGCCACUAAUGAUUUUCCAAUUAGUUUACAGGCUUCUGACAAAUAUGGUAUUGUCUACAUUUUAACGAAGUAUGGUUUUAUUCAUUUAUAUGAUAUGGAAACAGGUUCCAAUUUAUUUGUUAAUAGAAUCACUGCUGACCCAGUUUUCACUGCAGCACCUUAUAACGACGGUACGGGUAUUAUAACGAUCAACAAAUCUGGACAAGUUUUGAGUGUCGAAAUUUCUCAAUCUAAAAUUAUUCCAUAUGUUUUGGAGAAAUUAUCUAAUGUUCCAUUAGCAUUGUCUCUCUCAUCUCGUGGUGGGUUCCCAGGAGCUGAAAACUUAUUCACCCAACAAUUCCAGAAUUAUUUAAACCAAGGUGAUUACACUAAUGCCGCAAAGGUUGCAGCAUCUUCUGAACAAUUACGUACUCAAGAUACUAUCAACAAGUUGAAGCAUAUCACCCCUCAACCUGGACAAAUUUCACCAAUCUUGCAGUACUUUUCUACUUUAUUGGACAGAGGUACAUUGAAUAAAUAUGAAUCCAUUGAGUUGGCCAAGCCUGUGUUGCAGCAAGAUCGUAAGCCAUUAUUCGAAAAAUGGUUGAAGGAAGACAAGUUGACAUCUUCAGAGGAAUUGGGUGACAUUGUCAAAUCUUAUAAUGAUGCUGGUCUUGCGUUAGCAGUCUACAUUAGAGCCAAUGUUAAUAUUAAGGUCGUCUCUUGUUUGGCUGAAUUAGGUCAAUUUGACAAGAUUAUGCCAUAUUGUGAAAAAGUUGGUUACAAACCUGACUAUACAAAUUUAAUACAAAAUUUGGUCAGGGUUAAUCCUGAUAAGGCAAGCGAAUUCGCAACAUCAUUAUUAGCUUCUCCAGAUACAAACUUGAAGAUUGAAAACAUUGCUGACUUGUUCUUUUCGCAAAAUUACAUUCAACAAGGUACUGCUUUCUUAUUAGACGCUUUGAAAAAUGAUUCACCAGCAGAAGGACACUUACAAACCAAGGUUUUAGAAACUAACUUGUUGCAUGCGCCACAGGUUGCUGAUGCCAUUUUGGGCAAUAAUAUGUUCAGUCAUUAUGACAAGCCAACUAUUGGUAAGUUAUGUGAAAAAUCGGGUUUAUUCCAAAGGGCUUUAGAACAUUAUGAUGAUUUGAAAGAUAUUAAGAGAGUUAUUGUUCAUACUAAUGUCUUACCAAAUGACUGGUUAGUUGCUUAUUUUGGUCAAUUAAAUGUUCAACAGUCUGUUGCAUGUUUGAAGGAAUUGUUAAGUAACAAUCCUCAACAAAAUCUUCAAAUUGUAAUUCAAGUUGCUACAAAAUAUUCUGAUUUAAUUGGACCAUUGACUUUAAUUAAAAUUUUUGAAGACUAUAAAUGUAACGAAGGUGCCUAUUAUUAUUUGUCUUCUAUCGUCAAUUUAACUCAAGACCCAGAUGUUGUUUUCAAGUACAUUCAGUGUGCUGCUAAAAUGAAUCAGACUAAGGAGAUUGAAAGAGUCGUCAGGGAUAACAACGUUUACAGUGGUGAAAAAGUCAAAAACUUUUUGAAGGAAUUUAAGUUAGAAGAUCAAUUACCUUUAAUUAUUGUUUGUGACAGAUUCAAUUUUGUUCACGACUUGAUCUUAUUCUUGUACAAGAACAAGUACUUUAAAUUUAUUGAAGUUUAUGUUCAACAAGUUAACCCAUCCAAUACACCUCAAGUAAUUGCAGGUUUAUUAGAUGUAGACUGUGAUGAAAAUAUCAUCAAAGGUUUAUUAAUAUCUGUUUUAGGACGUGUUCCUAUCAAGGAAUUAGUUGCUGAAGUUGAAAAGAGAAACAGACUCAAAAUCUUAUUACCUUUCUUAGAAAAGACAUUAGAAGGUGGUUCAACUGAUCAAGAAGUUUUCAAUACCUUGGCCAAGAUCUAUAUUGAUUCUAAUAAUAAUCCAGAAAAGUUCUUACAAGAUAACACAAACUAUGAUACUCUCGCCGUUGGUAAAUAUUGUGAGAAGAGAGAUCCAUACUUAGCAUACAUCUGUUACUCGAAAGGUGGAAAUAACGAUGAAUUGAUAAACAUUACAAAUGAAAAUAAGAUGUAUAAAUAUCAAGCAAGAUACUUGUUGGCAAAGUCGGAUUUCGAUUUAUGGAAUAAGGUCUUAACAGAAGAAAAUAGUCAUAGAAGACAAUUAGUCGAUCAAGUUAUUGCAACAGGUAUUCCUGAAUUAGAUGAUCCUGAACCAAUUUCAAUAACCGUUAAGGCAUUUAUGGAAAAUGAUUUACCACACGAAUUAAUCGAGUUAUUGGAGAAGAUUAUUUUGGAAACAUCUCCUUUCAAUGAUAAUACUUCCUUGCAAGGUUUGUUAAUUUUGACAGCUAUCAAAGCUGACAGUUCGCGUGUAAUGGGUUAUAUCGAAAAAUUAGAUAAAUUUGAUCCUGAAGAAAUUGCCCCAUUGUGUAUUGACAACCAAUUAUAUGAAGAAGCAUUUGAAGUUUACGAUAAGUUCGAAUUAAGAACAGAUGCAAUGAAGGUAUUGGUAGAUGAUAUUAUGUCUUUAGACAGAGGUGAACAAUAUGCAGAAAAGUACGAUGUAUCUGAAUUGUGGUACCAAUUAGGUACUGCUCAAUUAAAUGGUUUGCGUAUUCCCGAAGCUAUUGACUCUUAUGUUAAAUCUAAAAACCCGGGCAAUUUUGAACAAGUCAUUGAAAUUGCUGAGCAUGCUGGCAAAGAAGAGGAAUUGAUUCCAUUCUUGGAUAUGGCCAGAGAAACUUUAAGAGAAAGUGCUAUUGAUGGUGCUCUUAUUAACUGUUACGCUAAUGCUGGUAAAUUAAACGAAAUUGAAAAAUUUGUAAGCGGUCCAAAUGUUGCCGAUAUGGAAUCUAUUGGUGAUAAAUUGUUUGAGGCAAAGAACUACAAAGCAGCUAAAAUUUUAUAUUCAAAUGUUUCUAAGUAUUCUAAAUUAGCGACUACCUUAGUUUACUUAAAGGAUUAUCAAGGAGCUGUUGACUGUGCAAGAAAAGCAUCCAACACGAGUGUUUGGAAGCAAGUUAACUACGCCUGUAUUGAAAAUAAAGAAUUCAGAUUGGCUCAAAUUUGUGGUUUGAAUUUGAUUAUCGAUGCCGAAGAACUUCCUGAAUUAGUCAAGCUCUAUGAGAAGAAUGGUUAUUUCAAUGAAUUAUUUGCUCUCUUUGAAAGUGGUUUAGGUUUAGAAAGAGCGCACAUGGGUAUGUUUACCGAAUUGGCUGUUUUGUAUGCUAAGUAUAGUCCUGAAAAAGUUAUGGAACACUUGAAGUUAUUCUGGUCCAGAAUCAAUAUUCCAAAAGUUUUAACUGCUUGUGAGGAAGCCCAUUUGUAUCCAGAAUUGAUUUUCUUGUACUGCCAUUAUGAAGAAUGGGAUAAUGCUGCUUUGACUAUGAUUGAUAAGUCAGAAGUUGCAUUUGAUCAUUCCUCUUUCAAGGAAAUUAUUGUCAAAGCAUCAAACUUGGAGAUUUAUUACAAGGCUAUUAACUUUUACAUCAAUGAAAAUCCUUCAUUAUUAGUUGAUUUGUUAUCAGUAUUAACUCCUAAGCUUGAUUUGCCAAGAGUGGUUAGAAUGUUCGUUAAAUCUGACAAUUUACCAUUAAUCAAGCCUUUCUUAAUAUCUGUUUUAGAUAAGAACAAUUCAGUUGUCAACGGUGCUUACCAUGAUUUAUUAAUUGAAGAAGAGGACUAUAAGUCCUUGAGAUCAACAAUCGAAAAUGAAUCUAAUAAUAGAUUCAACUCAUUGGAUUUAGCUGAGAGAUUAGAAAAUCAUGAUCUUAUUUUCUUCAGACAAAUUUCUGCAACAUUAUAUACCAAGAAUAAGAAAUUCGUUAAAUCAAUUUCUAUCUUGAAGAACGAUAAAUUGUGGGCCGACUUAAUCAAAACAGCAGCAGUUUCAAAGUCGACUAAGAUUGCCCACGAAUUAUUAGACUACUUUGUUGAAACAGGUAAUCGUGAAUGUUUUGUUGCAUUGUUGUAUACCUGUUACGAUACUAUUGAAUAUGAUUACGUACUUGAAUUAUCGUGGUUGCAUGAUUUGAGUAAUUUUAUCAAGCCAUAUGAAAUUUCAGUUACUUUUGAAAACCAAAAGAAGCUUAAUGAAGUAUACAAUGAUUUGCAGAAGAGAAGAGAAGCUGAAAAGGAAGACGAAGAAAAUCCAGUUGGUCAACCAUUAAUGAUAACCAACGGCCCAGCUAUGAAUCAAAGUAUUACUGGAUUAGGUUAUCAACCAACUGGAGCUGGCUUUGGUAAUGCUUUUUAA